AUGGCGCCGCCGCGGUCUCUGUGCCGGGCGCUGCUGCCGGCGCUGGCGCUCGCCCUGCUCGGCCUCGCCGCCGCCGCGGGGCCGCGCCAGACCCCGGCGCUGGAGCUGGCGCAGGAGCUGGCGGAGGAGCUGUGGAGCGCGGGGCUGCCCGGCGACCUGCCCGAGCUGGAACCCGAGUGCCGCAGCCUGCUGGCCGCCUUCGCGGAGGGCAGCGCGGCGCUGACGGGCUGCCUGGGCCAGCGCGCCCGCCCGGUGCGGCUGUGCCAGGGCUGCCACGGCCCCUACCGCCGCCUGCUCGCACAGUACGGCAGCAUCGCCCGCGCCGUCGGGAAUUCCUCUGAGAGCCACAAUUGUGCCAAAAGCAUCUUGACCUCAGACAGGCUGCAGAUAGUUGUGACCCUUUCGGAGUUCUUCAAUGAAACCUGGGAGGCAGCCAACUGCGCAAAUUGUUUAAAGAAUAACAGUGAGGGAUUAUCAAAUUCUACUGAAGAAUUCCUGGAUUUAUUCAAUAAAUCUCUGACAUGUUUUGAACAUAAUCUUCAGGGGCAAGGCAUGGAUCUAUCACCAAAUAACUACACAGAAGUGUGCAAAAACUGCAACGAAACCUACACGAAAUUGAAUGACCUGUAUAACCACCUGCAGAGGCUGAACAGGCAAGGUGGUGAAUCUGCUCACUCUGCACACUUGUGUAUUGACGUGGAAGAUGCAAUGAACAUCACUCGGAAGCUUUGGAGCAGGACUUUCAACUGUUCUCUUCCCUGCAGUGAUACAGUCCCAGUGAUUGCAGUUUCAUCCUUUAUCCUCUUCCUACCUAUUGUUUUUUAUCUUAGUAGCUUCCUUCACUCGAAGCAGAAGAAACGGAUACUCAUUUUGCCCAAGCGCAUCCAGUCAAAUGCCAAUCUUGUGAACAUCCAAGAAAAAUACAGCUGAGCUGCAAAACAAAACCUGAGAGCUGCUGCUGGUAUACAGUGGGUACAAUUGUGUUGGAAUGAGGCCGGCACAAAAGAGGAGUUAAUUAUGGUUUAGUGUAAUGAUACAGAGCAACACAAGUUAAACAAAAUGCUGUCUGACUUCUAAGCAAGGAUAUUAACAAACAUGACAAGGCAGGGCUGUGUGACACUGUAUGGACUCUGGUUUUGAAAAAUCUGUGGUUUUUUUCUUUCAGUCUUGGGCUGAAGCUGUGUUUUUCUGUUCCUAAGCUUUUGUACUUCACAUUGGUAGAAUAGCUACACUUUCCUUGCAUGGUAUUUUCCUAUAUUUGUUCCACAAAAACCUGAGAUUUUGAAUCUUUUUGAGGUGAUUUUGAUAGACAGACAAAAUUUCAAAUAAUGUUUUAUGUUUCUGCUUAAAACAUUACUUUUAAUUCCACAUAAUAUUCAGACUUGGGAUGGAAGGAACCCUUCAGAAAAGUUCCUAUCUUUCCUGUACCACUGAAAAGUCAUGCUGCUGGCAUCUGUUAAAAAAGAGGCAUGAAAUAUGCAGAGAAAGUGGCAAUAUAUAGGAUCUAAAACGGCAACAGAAGCAGCACAACUGCCAGUGCUGGACUUGAAUAGUAAUUAUUGAUGGCUACAGUAUUCUGUUUUCUCUGGAACUGGUGGCAUAUUUAGUCUUUUGCACACUUUAACCACUAAAAUUGUUGCUUUUCAAAUCUUACAUUUUCAGAAGGUAAUUUUACAUACCUGCUUGGGUAACAAGGUUUCACUCUCUGUUCAUUAUGCCAUUUCCUUUCCUUUUUCAUUCUAAUGUUUUAGUGGUUUUUUUGUUUUGUAGAGGAGAAGUGAGGUAAAGUCAAGUCACUGGAAAUGCUGGAUUUACUGGUCUAGAGCUUGCUAUGGCUUAAUACAGAGGUGUUUACAGAAACUUUGUCAGGUAAAAGUUGUUUUUUCUGGGUAAUCUGUUUUAGCAGUGAGUGAACCAGUGGGUCCUCUUACUCAAAAACUGUUGUGAAUAACAUGAAUACACUGUAUUGGGAAUUGGUGACUUUCAGGAAAUAGUUUGAAAAUAUUACUCCCAUAAAAUAGAUGGAUGUAAACAAAUUCCAACUUGGAGAACUCCAAAGUGGAUGGAGAAAUUCGUGCAAUAACUGCAGGGAUGGGUGGUGCUGCUGUCAGCACCAAAUUGUGGGCACAAUUUGAUGGCUGCAGCAAUCGUGGCUGUUCAGUUUGUUUAUUGUAUUUCUGAUUUGGGAGAGUGGUCGUGUUUAAAUUAUUUAUAGCUGUACCUGAGGUUAAUGAAUGCCAGAGCCUUUGAUCCAAUUUUUCAAUGUAUUUUCUAACCUGGAUGUAAAAAAGAAUGGUCAUUACAGC